UCCACGGAACAGUCCUCCACGGGCACCAGCCCGGCCCAGUGGGACUUGCAGAGGGCCUUUGAGUCCGGAGGGGAUUGCGCGUCUCCGCACUAUUUAGGGUUUAUCGAUAGUGCAGGGGUUUGGUGGUGGCCGGCGCAGCUUGUGGCAUUGCGGGGUGUUCAGAGGCGGAGGGAAAUUUCUCUGUGGGAUCUUUACGUCGGGUGAGAGAGAUUCACCAAUACGUGGCUUGGCACUGUCGGAGGUUGCGGAGUUUUGGUUCGUUGUACGGUUCACAGUGGUUGCUGCAUCAGGGUAUGCUUUAGGGUAUGUAUUAGGUUUCGAGGGGCUUGCAUAUUGCGUUGCGUGGCUUUCGGUGUUCCCACGCGUAUCAUGAUUGUUGAGAUACCUCACUUCUCCUUUCAAUCUUCAGUGUGGGAUAGCCAUAAAUCAUUGAUUUUGUGCCCCUGUAACCUGUAUUAGUUUAUUUCUCCUCUAGGUGUCCUGUCGGGUUGUAGUGUCAAGCCCCAGUGGUUUGAGGAGCAAGAGCGUUGUGUGGAUGCUGAUUUCGUGUCUGCACGACUGAUCCGUUUCCUGUGCCGGAGAGGGUCCAGUCUGGCUUGAAUGGAUGUCACGAAGUGCUUUUUGGUGGAGAGCACUUGAGGCGCUCGAGGUUUUGCUGUAGUCUUCAACGCCUGGUGCAUGUGUAUUUGAGAAGCGGCGCUGAGCGAGUCGUGGUGGAACGUUUGCGGGCAAUCUGAACGAUGAGAUGUGAUUUUCUUCAAACCUGUUUGAGAAACGGCAAUCUUACUUGUCAUCCUUGCGUUGGCGGCAGAUGGUUGAACUGCAAUUUAACUUCUUUGGGUAUCCUCUACGACAAAAGUUCUCUAGAGUGACUUGUGUACUUUGUUACAUAGAUAUUUUAAAUGUUUGAACUUUGCAUCUUGUUGGUAGAUUAUUUCAUUUUUGUUUAAAAUUUUUAGGUAGAUUUCUUUGAGUAAUUUAAGGUUUUGAUGUUUGACAUAGGAUUAGUAAUUUUUAACAUAGGUUGAAAUGAGAUUAUUAAAAUAUGUACAUAAAUUAAGUGAUGGUUUGGUUUUAGAAGUAUAGAUUCAUUUUGUUGGAUAAAAAAAUGGUAUGGUUUGUGGAACAAUUUGUAUAAAAGAGUUUGGGAAGAUUUUUUGAAAUUCUAAACACAUCUAACAUGUUUUCUACAUGUGGUGAGAAGGUGAAAUUGAUUUUAUUAGUUUACAAAAUCAAGAUGGGAUAUCUUUUGGAAUUAUUCAAGAAAUUUAUAUAUAUGGUUUGGGGUUAUUUACAUGGGCUCUUCAUGUCAAGAUCUUCAAGCACCAUGGAACAAUAUGAAAAAAUGUCAAACAUACAAGGUAUUUGUGGAGAUACUUGGGAAGGUUCUAAAGUCUACAUUGGAGCAUUCAAGGUUUUAUUGAAGAAAAAGAACAUGUUGAAUAGAAAUCAAUGUACUAAUUUGUGCAAGAAAAUUGAAAAUGUUACAAAGGUUUUUGACCACCUAAUGACUUGUACCAAUGAUAAAUUAGAGUUUGGACUUCUAUUAAGUGAGUUAUUUUUUAUAAUGAAUAAAUCUUACUUUUUAGUAAAGAAGUGUGGAAAACCAAAUUGGUGUGAAGAAGCUAUAUUCCAAUUCAAUAACAAAGAGACUUUUAGAGAACUAAUAUUAGAUUUAAAAUGUUGUAGUGAUAUAGCAAGUAAUUUUCUUUUAAAGCAUUAUCCUAACAAAUUUGAAGACAUUAUAUUUGCUACUUUUAAUGUUGCUACAUGUCAAGAAGUAGAAGUUGAUGUUAUAUUUUUACAUGAGCUGUUGAUUCAUGCAAGUAAAGAAGAAGAUUUUGAACAUCAUGCAUCAGUAAAGCACUUAUUACAAAGGUACAAAGACUUGUACUACAUAGAGAUUGGAGAAUUGGAUGCUUUAAAUUUUACAAUAGAUAUGACAAGUCUUGAAAUCAUAGAAUAUGUGAAGGGAAAACCUGGAACUUUUGGAGAAGUUUAUAAAUCUAAGUGGUUGGGACUUUUGUGUGCAACUAAAAAAAUUGAUGUUGCAUAUGAUAAGUUGUUCAUUAAAGAAGUGAAUAUUCUAGCAAGUAUAAGCCAUCCAAAUUUGAUAACAUAUUAUUUUGCAAUGAAAGAUAGUGUUAAUGGAAGUGUUGAGUCUUUUGAAACAAAAGACAAAAAAGAAUAUUUGUAUAUUGGAAUGGAAUUGAUGGAAAACAAUUUGAGCAAUAUGUUAAAAGAAGAGAAAGAAGUAUCUUAUAUUUUUCUCAUUGACAUCAUGCAUCAAAUUGCAAAAGGAAUGUGUUACUUGCAUGACAUGCACAUUGCACAUCGUGAUCUUAAGCCUGAGAAUAUUUUGGUUAAUAUUGUGGAAUCAAAGAUUAAAAAUAAGAUUGUUCGACAUGCUAUUGUGAAAGUGAUUGAUUUUGGAAUGUCCAAGAUUGAAGUUGGAAGAAAUUCAAUAGCCACAGAGAAUAAUUAUAUUUAUGGUACUCCUAAAUAUAUGGCUCCAGAGGCACUAAAAAAUAGAUUUCAAACAAUGGCAAUGUGUCCUUUUGAGGCUGAUGUUUACUCAUUUGCGAUGAUAUGUUCCAAGAUUCUUUCAAAAAAAGAUCCAUUUUAUGAUGCUCUUGGCAUGAAAGACAUAUUAGAAAGAAUUGAAAAAGGUGAAAGACUAAAGCUACCUUCAAAUUGUGAUGACUUGAUAGAGCUUAUUAGAGAAUGUUGGAGGUUGAAUCCUUUGCAUCGGCCAAAGUUUGCAACCAUUUGUGAAAGACUGAACUUAUUAAAAUGUAAGUUUUUAGUUGGAAUGAAUGUGCCAAAUGCACCAUAUUUUGGAGUAUCAAAGAACAACUACCAUCAAAAUGAAGAAUUGCAACAAAUACUUUACCAAUUGCCAAAGGUUGAUUUACUUGACGAAGAUACAUUUGGUAGAGAACAAUAUUUAUCUCGAAUAAAAAAAGAAUGUGUGAAUAAAAUGAAGGUAUUAUGUCUUAUUGGAAUGGGUGGAAUAGGCAAGACCACAAUAGCAAAGGCUAUGUUGGCUGAUGUAAAAGACAUAUAUGAUGCAUCAUGCUUUGUUGAGUGCAUUGAAAAUGGAGUUGAUUGCUUCACAACUUCUUGCAAUAUUUUAGAACAAUUCAAAGUCAAAUCAAAACCAAGGAAUGUUGAAGAAGCUCAAAAAAUGUUGAAAUCAUUCUUGAUGAAGAACAAAACCAUUUUUGUAUUUGAUAAUGUGAAGAAUCAAAGUCAAAUUGAAGAUGUUGUGCCUAUGGAUGACAUAUAUGCUAGCAAUGGUAGCACAUUGGUUACAACCACUCGAGAUUCAAAAACAAUAGAGCAUUAUGGUAAAGAAGUUUGUAUAAUAAAUAUUGAAGAACUUAAUGAAGAAACAAGUAUGAAGUUAUUUAACACUCAUUCUUGUGGCCAAGAAAAUUUGCCAAAUGAAUUAGUUGAAGUUGGAGAAAAGAUUGUAAAAGCUUGCCAUGGCCUACCAUUGAGUCUAAAAGUUAUGGGAGCAUUUUUGAGAGAGAACAAGAGAUUGAGAUGUUGGGAGCGAGCUCUACAAAAAUUGAAAAGGGGAAGAGAGUUGGAUGGAGAUGAAAACAAUAGUAACUACAAGAUUUGGAAGAUACUAAGAGUAAGCUUUGACAAUUUGAAAGAUGAAGAGAAGAAAAUGUUUAUGGACAUAUGUUGUUUUUUUAGUAGUGAUGUAUAUCCACAAGGCAUGUCAAAAGGAAGAGCAUUGCGAAUGUGGGCCAAUAGUCAAAAAAAUAUAUUUGAACAAGAUAUGGAAGUUAUAUUGAAUACAUUGAUUUACCAAUCAUUGGUAAAAAUAGACAAAGAUAAAAUUAUAAGAAUACAUGAUCAACUACAAGACAUGGGUAGAAAUAUUGUUGAGAAAGAAAUGGAGUAUAAAUACACACGAAUGUGGAACCUGAAUGUAGAUCUAUUUUAUGGAUUUUCAAACAAGGUGAUUUUAUGUAACUAUUAUCCCAAUUGCAUGCUUAAAACUAAUAAUAGUAUUAGAAAAGAAUGAACAAUUAAAAAUUAGAGGUUUUUUUAUUUGUAUGUUAUGUUAUUUAUAUUAUGUAUUUUAGAUGUAUAUUGAUGUAAAGUUAUUAUGCAUAAAUAUAAAUCUUGUAUUAUAAAUAGAUUUGUAUGUACAUUAAAUGUAUCACUAAUUCAGAAAUUUUAAUCUAAUUAUGUAUUUAACUGUGUUGGUUUUUAGUUGGAGGGAUUAUUUUAUAACAACGUAAACAACAACAUUAUAAGUAAAAUAAGAAGUGAUUCUUUUUCAUCACUUCAAUUUUUAAGUUGUACUAUUGGUGAUUUUGCACCUAAUAUCAUUAUAAGAAUAUUAAGCAUAUUUUUUGUGUUGAUAAAACAUUCUCUUAGUUUAAAAUGUUUUCUAUUAGAU